AUGGAAGCCGUUGACGAAACGCCUGCUGUGGGACCUUCUCCCGCCCCCCGGCACCCCAACGCCGGUCGUCGACGACUGCAAGGGAAAGUCGCUGCCAUUACAGGCGCGGGAGGAUCGAUCGGGCUUCAGACGGUGGUGCGACUUUUGCGGGAAGGGGCCCGAGUGGCCUUCAUAGACAUCAAUCGUGAGUCUUUUAUCGAGGCUUCAGAAGCACUGAAGCCGUUCGAGAAUGCCGACAUUCUUUUUAUCGAGGCCGAUGUGGCCGAGGAAACCGACGUGCAGCACUACAUCCAGCAGACCGUGCAGUAUUUCGGACGGCUGGACUUUGUAUUCCUCAACGCUGGUAUUAGCUAUUCCUCGACCAGUAUCAUGGAGACCACGGAGGAGCUUUACGAGAAAGUCAUGAGGAUCAAUGUCAAGUCCGCUUUUCUCGGGCUCAAGCACGCCGCUGGGGCAAUCCGAGACUGUGGCAAUGGGGGAAGCAUUCUUCUGACUAGUUCGAUAGCCGGGUUGAGAGGGACCCCGGGUCUGUCACUUUACAGUGCUUCAAAGUUUGCUCUUCGCGGUCUCGCAUUAACAGCGUCCCAAGAGCUAGGUCAAUACGGGAUUCGUGUCAAUACCAUUCAUCCUAGUGGCAUCAACACCCCCAUGUUCCUGCAGGCUUGGAGUCCAGCUCAGAGAGAGGAGAUGCGCAAAGGGGUUCCUUUGGGGAGAUUUGCCGAAGUCGAAGACAUCACUGGCACUGUUGCUUUUCUCGCGAGCGACGACUCAAAAUUCGUGACAGGGGCGUUCUUGAAGGUAGAUGGGGGAAUUGUCAGCUUUUAA